UUCAAUGUUACAUUACUUCUGCGAACCAACUGUCAGUUUAACAAAAAAUAGACAAAACCCAUAAACAAACAGGCAGACAGCCGAACCAUUGAAGCGCCAAGGGUCAAAAGAGUUGAGCUUGAGAUUUGAAUACCAUGAUGACGGGCACCGACGAUAGUCCGUUGGUGGAGGAGGGCGGUCCGAAAGCCAACCAGUAUCGACUGACCAUUUGGCACAAGGUUGUGUUCUUUAUGCUGGGACUCAUCUCGGCGCUGACCAUCUGCGUUCUGGUCAGAUUGUCGAACCGAUUGGCCUCCGAUGCCGAAAAGAAGGCCUUGAUGCACUUCCGAGAACUUUCAUCCGGCCGGAAUGGUCACCGCUUUGGCCACUAGAUGUUGUUGUUUGUCCACAUACCACUCUAUAUAUUUUCUGUGUGUUUGCUUUUCACUGUUUUGGUUUGUUUGUUUGCAAAUUGCUUAAAUAAAGUGC